GCGGGCCCAGUCUUUAGACCCCGCCCACAAGUUGGAGUCAAAGCAAAAUGGCGACUGAGGUUGUUCGUCGAAACAGGCCAGGAACGAAGAAAGUCGACUUCUAUAAUUGGCCAGAUCAGGAUUUUAACGAUAUGGAGACAACACUAGCUGUCCAACAAUACAUACAGCAACUGAUCAGGAAAGACUACAAAGACGUUGAAGCGAUCCUCGACCCUCCCCCUGUACAAGACGAGGCCUCGUGGAAAUACGAACACCUUCGACAGUUUUGCAACGAGUUAAACUCGCUCACGGUCUGCCUACUGGAGGAAUGUGACCCUCUCGUCUGCAAGCAAAUGACUGCCACAGAGCAGUGGAUAUUUCUCUGUGCGGCUCACAGACAGCCCAAGGAAUGCUCUGCACUUGAUUACACGCUACAUACUCUCCACGGGGCAGCCUCUCUUUUAAAUUCCAACAAGCAUUUCCCGUCUCGUGUUUCCAUCAAAGAGAAUUCGGCUCAGAAACUCAGCUCGGUCGCCCGGAGGAUUUAUCGCAUAUUCUCUCACGCUUAUUGUCACCAUCGGACGCUGUUUAACGAUUUCGAGGAGAAGACGUAUCUUUGUAAGAGGUUCACUCGCUAUGUUAUCAAGUACGACUUGAUGACGACGGAUAAUUUGAUAGUCCCACUUUCUGUUUUGGAUCUCGAGGGGGAGAAAGAGGGAGAGAAAAAGGAGGAGGAAGGAGAAACGACCGAGGGACAGGGAGAGAGCAAAGCUGAGGAGGAGGAGGAGGGAGAGAAAUCUCAGGAACAACCAGCAGAAUCAUCUCAAUGAUCAUAUAAUUAACGAUAUUAUUAUUAUUAUUAUUAUUAUUUCUCAUCUUUUUCUUGGAAAAUGCAACUAGUUUUAUUUUAUGUCCUCUCUUUUCAAAAUAUCUUUAGAAAUGCAUAAAA